AUGGAAGCGGCGGCGCCGGCGGCGGCCGAAGCACCGGGAUGCGAAGAGCUAGAUAUGGAGGUAAUGAGACCUUUGAUAAAUGAGCAGAAUUUUGAUGGCACGUCAGACGAAGAACAUGAACAGGAGCUCCUUCCUGUUCAGAAGCAUUACCAACUUGAUGACCAGCAGGGCAUUUCAUUUAUGCAGACUCUUAUGCAUCUCCUUAAAGGAAAUAUUGGAACUGGACUUUUAGGACUUCCAUUGGCAAUAAAAAAUGCAGGCAUAGUGCUUGGACCAAUCAGCCUUGUGUUUAUAGGAAUUAUUUCUGUUCAUUGUAUGCACAUAUUGGUACGUUGCAGUCACUUUCUAUGUCAGAGGUUUAAAAAAUCAACCCUAGGCUAUAGUGAUACUGUGAGUUUUGCUAUGGAAGUGAGCCCAUGGGGUUGUCUUCAGAAGCAAGCAGCGUGGGGAAGAAGUGUGGUUGACUUUUUUCUGGUGAUAACACAGCUGGGAUUCUGUAGUGUUUAUAUUGUGUUCUUAGCUGAAAAUGUGAAGCAAGUUCAUGAAGGAUUUCUAGAGAGUAAAGCAUUUGUUUUCAACAGUACCUAUGCAUCACAUUCAAAUGAGAGAAGAAGUAUUGAUCUAAGGAUAUAUAUGCUUUGCUUUCUUCCAUUUAUAAUUCUUCUGGUGUUCAUUCGUGACCUAAAGAAUCUAUUUGUACUUUCAUUCCUUGCCAACAUUUCCAUGGCUGUCAGUCUUGUGAUAAUUUACCAGUACAUCAUUAAGAAUAUGCCAAAUCCUCACAAUCUUCCAGUGGUGGCUGGUUGGAAAAAAUACCCACUUUUUUUUGGUACUGCUGUGUUUGCUUUUGAAGGCAUUGGAGUGGUUCUCCCACUGGAAAACCAAAUGAAAGAAUCAAAACGCUUUCCCCAAGCACUGAACAUUGGCAUGGGAAUCGUCACAGCUUUGUAUAUAACGUUAGCUACCUUGGGGUAUAUGUGUUUCCGCGAUGAAAUCAAAGGGAGCAUAACUUUAAAUCUUCCCCAUGAUGUAUGGUAG